AUGGCGGGAGUUGAGUUGAGAAAAAGUGACGUGGCACCUGCUGAUUGGUGGGGACAGGAUAUCACAGACGAUGAGGAACAGGAGCGGAUAGGGAUGGAGAGUGAGGGAGAAGAGGAGGGAAGGAGAGACGACAAGCUACAAGAAGAGAGUGAAGCUGAUGUGGCAUGGGAGCUUAAAGCGGAAGAGGAGAGUGAGAAUGCUGAGGUGGAGGUAGAGGUGGUGACGGGUCAAGGGGGUAAUGGAAAUGGUGGUGCUAGUGCAGCUUGUGGUGCUAGUGGUGCGAGUGGUGCUACUGGGGAGGAGAAUAAUCAGCUGGAGGAGGAGUUUUGGGCGGCGCACUGUCCGCUGGUGUGUGACGUGGCAGCCACCCUGCCACUGUUCACCCACGACAAGCAAACCUUAUCAUCGUCAAUAUCCGCAUCUCUCUCUGCCAUCCAAGCCGACGUCAUCAGCCCUCACGCCCUCUGGUUGCUGCACCCAUCACAACCGCCUUCCACUGCCACGUCAGCAGCUGCCAGCUCAGCAUCAGCUGCUAGCACUGCUGCAGGAGCCCUGCGUCCGAUCCUGAUUGGCUCUCUGCCGAACGGAAGAGCCUCAGCAGCCAAUGGCAGCAUGACACGUGGCAAAGAUGGUGGGGGGACCUCAGAGGGGAUGGUGUGUGGUGAUCUGCUGACGUCAGCAGAAGGGGGAGGUGGAAAGGGGGGAGGAGGAGGAGACGGGGGAGGAAAAGGGGGAGGUGCGAGAGGGAAAGGGGGAAAAGGGGUCGCUGGUGGUGGGGGAGGAGGGGGAGGAAGAGGAGAGACGCUAGCUUCGAAAAGACUGGCAUCAACCACACGUGUCUCUCUGCUGCUCAACCUAUCGCCACCUGCCACGUCAGCAUCUGCGGGGCAGAACAGUGCACCUCUUGGCCUCAGCUACACCCCGGCCGCCCCCAGCAUCCACCUGCACCAGAUAAGACUUCUUCACCUGACUUGUCUUAGAUAUUUGAGAUGUCUCAAAAGUCUCUCUCCCCACUCCCCGUCCUCCCCAGCCGCCCCCAGCAUCCACCUGCACCAGAUAAGCCUGUCCCUGAGCACCCUCGUCUUCGCCCCUCAGCAGCUGUCUCUCCGGGCGGCGCCAUUUCCCCCUUCCCCUCUCCCUGCUCCUCCUCACCUCAUCCAAACCCCCCCUCUGCCCCUGACUUACCUUUCCCCACUCUCCUGCGUCCGUGCCCUUCUCCUCCCUCGCUCCCUCUCAUCAUGCGUUUGCCCCCCCUGCCCCACCCACAUCCUUCAGUUCGGAGCAUACCACUUCCUGCUGCCGCCCUGCCCACACCCUCUCACUGUCACCUACCCUCUCACGUACGGGGAGGGGCAGCAGAGCCUGGGUGAGUGGAGGACAGCAGAGCGUGGUGGACAUGCGUAUGACCCUGCACCACCGCCUGGGCCUGCCCCUCGACCGCCCCAGGCUGUGCUUUGCCUCGUCCCUCUCUCUCCCCCACACAAAUACACUUCCCACACCCCAUACUCCGCACCACCUUCCCCAACCGCAGUGGACAUGCGCAUGACACUGCACCACCGCCUGGGCCUGCCCCUCGACCGCCCCAUGCUGCGCAUUGCCUCUUCUCUCGCCCUCGCUACCCACACUGCCGCACCGGACGCCACCCAAGCAUCCUCAAAAGGUGGGUACCCGUCCGUUUCUUGUUUUGCCAUGCUGUGCCUGGUCAUGCCAUCUCGUCUCUCUCCCUCGCUAACCCACACUGCGGCACCGGACGCCACCCAUGCAUCCUCAAAAGGUCUGCGUCUCUGGGAUGUGCACGUGGGCCUUCCUCGUCUGCCACAUUCCGCAGGGUCUAAACAGUACCUAGUGCAGGGCUCAUACGAGUAUUACCACUACAUGCAAGGCAGGAUCGAUGACAGCGGGUGGGGCUGCGCCUAUCGCUCUCUGCAGACCAUCGUAUCGUGGUUCCGCAUUCAGCAAUACACAUCACUACCCGUGCCAACCCACAGGUGCAUUCAGGAGGCGCUGGUGGAAAUAGGGGACAAGGACGCGGCGUUUGUGGGGUCGAGCCAGUGGAUCGGCGCCAUCGAGCUCAGCUUCAUUCUCGACCACCUGCUGGGGGUCACAUGUAAAGUCCUCACAGUCUCAUCCGGAGCAGAUAUGCCCUCUAAUGGCCGGCAACUAGCCCACCAUUUUUCCACGCAAGGCACCCCGGUAAUGAUAGGAGGCGGGGUUCUCGCAUACACUCUAUUAGGUGUAGACUAUGACGAGGCGACGGGGGAGUGCGCAUUUCUGAUUCUCGACCCGCAUUAUACCGGCGGGGAGGAUUUGAAGGCGAUAAGGAGUGGUGGAUGGGUUGCUUGGCGAAAGGCCAAGACGGACGGUGGGGCCGAUUUUUUCGUCCGCGAUGCUUUUUACAAUCUGUUGCUACCACAGCGGCCGGCUACAGUAUGA